AUGGAUCCCUCCAAUGGCAGCCAGUUGGACACUUGCUUCGGGGUGUUCAACGCCAGUGACGGGCACGACACUGCGCAGAACAGCAUCACCUCGCCCUGGUUCUCCACCGCCUUCGGCCUCAUCGGCCUCUGCUCCAACCUCUUCGCCCUCUGCGUCCUGCUCAGCUCCUCCCGCAAGCUCUCCAGCCAGGCCCGCUCCUCCUUCCUCGUCAUCCUCUGCGGGCUGGUGGUCACAGACUUCAUGGGGCUGCUGGUGACGGCCUCGGUCAUCAUCCCCUACCACUUCAUCAAGUUUGCCUGGGCCAAGGUGGACCCCGGCUGCCACCUCUGCAACUUCCUCGGCUUCUCUAUGGUCUUCUUCGGGCAGUGCCCGCUGCUGCUGGGGGCCACCAUGGCCGGAGAGAGGUUCUUCGGCAUCAACCACCCCUUCUCCCGCUCCACCAGCGUCUCUAAGCGCCGCGCCUGGUCCAUCGUGGGGCUGGUGUGGGGCUUCUCCUGCCUGCUGGGGCUGCUGCCGGUGCUGGGGCUGGGGCGGUACACGCUGGAGUACCCUGGCUCCCGGUGCUUCUUCCUCACCCUCCUGCCCGACACCGGAGACAUCAUCUUCUGCCUGCUCUUCGCUCUGCUGGGCAUCUUCUCCGUGCUGCUUUCCUUCGUCUUCAACACGGUGAGCAUGGUGACGCUUUGCCGUGUCUACCAUGACCGGGAGUCGGUGCAGCGGCGCCGGGACAGCGAGGUGGAGAUGAUGGUGCAGCUUGUGGGCAUCAUGAUCAUUGCCACCAUCUGCUGGAUGCCCCUCCUGGUGAGGACCUGGGUCGUGGCGUGUUCCCCCACCUCCAAGCUCUUAGUCCAUAUGCUGCCCAGGGAGACGCAGAAGAUGCUGCUCAUCUACAUCCGCAUGGUCACCUGGAACCAGAUCCUGGACCCCUGGGUCUACAUCCUGUUCCGCCGGGCCGUGCUGCAGCGCAUCUACCCCGGGCUGCGGCCGCGUCCCUCCAUCGCCUCCCUCUACCCCGUCCUCAACCUCUCCCUGCGCCGCAAGCUCAGCCCCAGCUCUGUCCUGCAGUGA